GUGACAUUGCUGGACUGGAGGGGGGAGCCCGUGUCCUCCACCCCCCCCACUGGGGGCCUGACACCACUCGAGGCUGCUCUUGGGAUCCCAGCCGUCUCAUGAGCUGGGGGGUGGCAGGAGCCUUCAGCAGUUCCUCUCCUUGGGAAGGCAGGGAGAAGCUUCUCUGGGGGCUCCCUGCCUGCAUCUCCACGGACUGGAGCGUCUCCUCUUCCCUCGGCCCCAGGAGAGGCUUUUGGGAGGAGCAGCUCUGGCUGCUGGUGGGAGCCAGGAAGCUGCCAGGGAGGCCACCCCUGCUGGGGUCGGGCAGUUCCGUGGCCUGCUGCCUCUGGCGCCCCCUUGGAAACCCAGCUGGCUCUCGGGGGAUCCUUCCUUGCGGUCCCAGCUGGCUGCCUUUCCUCCCAGGGCGCCUCUCUCCUCGCAAGAGUGCCUCUGCGCGGCCCCCGAGGGAGCAGGGCUGGCUGGCUGGCAGCGUGGCUCUGAAGAUGACCGACGUCCAAGUGGACAGUUCCCGUCUGCCUCCGGUUCAGGAAGUCCGCCGUGACUUUGCUGUCCUGGAAGACGGAGCGCUGGCCUGUUCCCUGCAGGAACAAGAGAUUGAACAGCAUUAUGCCUCCAACGUCCAGAAGAGCCGGCUGGUCCAGAAGGACAUCCGGAUCGCCAAAGAGCUUCAGGGCAGGGAGGAGGAGGAGGAAGGGAGCCAGCGGCACAGCGCUCAGCAGCAGCAGAUUGAAGAGAGCGACUCCCACACGGCCCGCGCCGCCGUCCAGGAGGACAUUCGGAGGAAAGCCGGAGCGAGUCGGCAGCGGGAGGAGCGAGACCAGGAAAUAGCCCAGCGGCUGCAGGACCUGGAGGAGGAGGCGGCCGGCCGCCAGCAGAAGCGGAGACUCCUCGGGAGCCCAGGCCGGGCCAGAGAGGAUGGUCUUGUGCCUCUGAACUGGGCCAUGGCAGGUCUGGCGCUCCGGAGCCGGGAGCUGCUGCUCCGGCAGGAUGAAGAGCUGGCCCGGAGGCUGCAGCGGGAGGAGGAGCGGCAGACGCGGCUGAGAGCCAGGAAGACCCGGCAGUGUGACGAUGACUACAGAGUUGCCCAGGUGGCCCAGGAUGAGGAGAUUGCUCGGUACAUGCAAGAGCAGGAGCUGGAAGCCCAGCAGAGGACUCUGGGCCCAGGCGUCAGGGGGGCGGCCCACAGCCUCUCAGCGCAGGAGGUCCCGGCAGGAAUGGAGGCAUCGCCGCCUUCCCAGAAGGGCGAAGAAGAAGCCGCCAAGGCGGCCCCUCCGGGCUUUGAAGCUGCCCCCCAUAUCCGGUCCCUGGGGAGAAGGUCGGCGGUGCCAGCAAGAGGAGGCCAGGCAGACCCCAGACUGCAGCUUUGCCGGAACAUUGCUGAGGAUCUGGACCCCACCUUUAAGGCCAAGAGGACGGAGGCGCCUGUGGACGGGACGGCUGCCCACAGCUCUCAAGCCGCCAGCCCAGGGCGUCUGGUCCCAGUGGACGGCUUCUUCGAUUACCUGGAUGAGGCCGUGGAAGCCGCCUUCGUGUCCCCGACCAAACGACAGCCGGAAAAGACGGGCCGCCCGAAAUCCCGGGAGAAGAAAGAAGGCUGCAAGCAGCAGUGAGUGCCGGGCCACCCGGCCGCCCCCUCGGCCCCCAGAGCGCUGGCCUCCAGCCCCACCAGGGGGCGGACGGAACGGGACAAGGUCUGCUGUGCUGCAGUCCGCUUCUGGGUCUGGGUUCGAAUGACCCGUCGCCAGUGCCUCGGAUCAGACCUCUGGUGUGGUGGAUGCAAAAGGCGGCCACUGCCACUCGGGUUUCGCGGCGCGCCACUCGCCUCCUCCACGGACCAAUGCAGGAAUCCCAGACAGUGGUGGUUUCCCUUCUGGAUCAACAUGCUUCAGCUAGAGACCCGUUUUGCUGCUGCUGGGGAGGCAGCAUUGUUGGGCAUUGCCUGCCUGGUGACGGGAGGCAAGAGCCCAACUACUCGGGCAGGCGUGGGGAGCUCAAGGCCCGUGAAGGAGUCCUGAGCCCUUUCCAGAGACGGGGGGGGGGGAGGAUGCAGAAUCAGCAGCCUGCCCAUCUGUUGCCAGGAACACUGAGGGAGCAAAGCUGGGAAGGAGAUCACGGGGGCCGGAUGGAGAGCAGCAGCCAGGGGUGUCUCGACUCGGGCCAUCUUCGGCCGCUUGGCUCUCCAGUGCUGAGCCAUCUGCUUUGGGCACUUCAGGAGAUCCGGUGCUUCUGGGACCCUCCUGCAGGCGGCAUUGCACCCCCAGCCCUAUUGAGAGCUGCCUGGACGGUGGCCGAGGGUGGCUUCCCCUGGGUGUCGCCGUGCAAGCGGGACGGAGAGAAAGGCCUGAAGUCUGAAGCUUCCAUUUAUUUCAAAAAUAAGCAUCUACUUCUGUGCCCCAUAAGAGCAGGUCAGGCGUGUGGCUGAGCUGCUCCAGAAACACUCCCCCCCCCCAAUAAUAAAACAACUAUAAGUUAUA